CCGGUAAAAUUGCUACGGAUGCUGCCUUGGACCCCAAUGUUUACAGCAAAAUCUAUCACGGAUUAAAAGAAGGAGCCAAAACCGGAGCCAAGUUUGCCUUAGAAACUGGGGUAAAAUUAAUGACUUCACCUAAACAGGCUUUACACACUGCUAUCGGAUUAGCCGAACGAGCCGUUAGUUCAAUACCCUUAAUUGGCAAUGCCCUCAGUUUUGGAUUGGGAACCGCCAAAGACGCUUUAUUAGAUGCCAAACUAGAAACUUUAAGUAAAAAUAUUGAAGGACUAAAAGAUGGCUUAGAAAACUUGGCUAAUUCUACUGCCCAAGCCUUAGAUGGCUUACGAGGUGAAAUGGAACAAGCCCUCGGAGAAUUAGGAGCCCGCCAAGACCAAUUAGAACAAUUCACCAAAGCUUUCCAAGCCGAGCAAGAAAAAGUUAAUCAGCAAGUUCAAAAAAAUAUUGAAAGCAUUAAUGAAACUCUCAAAGAACACGACAAAAAAAUUCGCGAUAAUGCCGAAAAAAUAUUUAAAGAACAAAUUAAAUUAGAAGAUGUUCGCAGCGAACUCAAAGACCAAAUUCGCGUUACCAACACCAAUAUCGAAAACUUACGCAAAGAACAAGAAGAAACUAAACAUGACUUCGAAAAAUAUAAACACCAAAUUAAUGAGAAAACAGCCAAAACCGAGCAAGCCUUCGAAGACCUCCAAGCCGACUAUACUCGUCGCAAUAAAAUCUUAGAAACCCAAAUUCACGAUAAUGAGGAAGUUUUAAGUGAUUUACAAGAAGAUUUAAGCAAUGUCAAUUAUCAACAAAAAAAACUAAGUUUAGAACACCAAGAAUUUGCGGAAACUUUGGAAGAACAAGUUAAUUUAUCUUAUGAACAAAAAAGACGAUUAGAUUUAGUAGUCAACGAAAUAGACGAAAUUCACGAAGAAUUUAAUGCUAGGAUACAACGACUUACUCAAUCCCAACUAGAACAAGAUGAAAAAAUUGACGAAGCAGUCUUUGCCGCUAACCAAGCCACCCGUAAAGUGGAUGAAAUAGCCGAUAAACUAGAAAAACAUAACAAAAAAGUUGAUAAAUUACAAGAACAAAUUGAGAAGAACAAGCAAGAUACUCAACAAGCCAAAGUCGAAGCCCAACGGGCUAAUGAAAGAAUUGACCAUCUCUUAAAGACUCAACAAUUACUUGAUUACUCCGCCGAACAGCAAAAGUUAGACCAAAUUCAGAAAACUCUGGAAUUAAAAGCCGAAGAGGCUCAAUUAUUAGCCAGUUUAGAGUUAUUAAAAAAAACCCAAAAACUAAUUACUCAGCCAGCCGAAAGAGAGUGA